AUGCCGGACCUUGAAGUUGUGGGCGCGUUGGGUGGCCCUUCACAUCUCGACCGUUCUCUUCUCAAGAGCCACAAAUCGCUUCCGCGACGCCGGCAACCCCGACCUACUAUUGAAAUGACCGAUAAUAAUUCGCCUAUCGAGGUCAAGGACAAUAUGGUCAACGGUGGUGAUAUGCCUAUUACACCAACACUGCCACUUACACCUCCGAACCAGAGUCAAGAGAAUGCUCAACAAGACAGCCCACCGCGCCUGAAUGGGCAACCUUCACUUCCGCUGAGUCUUCGUAAUAUGGCAGCGCCCGCAACAGGCUCUCAUCAAUUCAGUCCACCCACACCUGACGUCACUCCUCCCCGCGCGAAAGAUAUAACCCCAAAGGCUCGGCCUGUGUUUCCUUCUCUACAAUCCUCAACAACGUCGCGUGCCGAUUCGUUCCAGACGGCAAGAGAAAACGUGUCUGAUGAUGACACUAUGGACGACUUGUAUCCAUCAGCCCACUCGUUGAUCAUUCAAAAGCGACAGAGAUCAUUUCCAGAGCCGUCACCUUUUGCAAAUGGUUUCGAUAGUAUUUCCAACUCUACUGGAGAUGAAAAAGACGUGGCAAGAGAUGACACCACGCAGACUGGCCGGACGGCUGGCUUCGUCACCGCUCCCCAAAUCUCAGCUCAAGAAGAGAUUGAACCAAAAGUCUCAAAAUACAACGGCCCCAGAAAAGGAAAUACUCGAAGUUGCUCCUCCGGAAGUGAAAAAGGAGCAACCAUCUUCGAUGCGCAACACUCGUCAAUCGCCUGA